AUGGCGCUGGUGGGAUGCGGAGUUGGGCUGGGAAUCGCAUUCUCCGUCCUGCUCCUCGCCACCCAAAACCUUGUCGUUGCGACAGCCUGCAUCGCCACAAUCGCCUGCGUGCUUUGCACCGUGAUCGGUGCCGUCGUGUUUCGCGGUUGGCAGCUGGGAUCAAGCGAGGCCAUCUGUCUUAUGACCCUGACCGGUUUCUCUGUCGACUAUGUCGUCCAUCUUGCACACUCGUAUAUGGACUCGGGCUCCCUUGCUGCCGUGGAGCGCGCACACGAUGCACUGCGGACCAUGGGCGUAAGCGUUUUCUGGGGCAUGCUGACUUCGGUAAUCGCCGCUGCCGUGCUGACCAUGUGCCUCUUGCAACCUCUUCACAAAUUCGGCCUCUUCUUUCUGCUCACGAUCAUCUUUUCCUACCUGUGGUCCACACUCUUCCUCAUGCCACUCCUAGCCACCAUCGGCCCGCGGCCCCUGACUGCGGCUGCAAAGGUGCAGCAGGCGCCAUGA